CAGCAACCAAUUGCAGCCAACUGCGUCCGGUUUAACGUCAGCUCGAUUUCCUGAUGUUUCGAUAACUCCGGAUAAAGCGUUCUUACAUCUAUCUCCUCUAUAACCCUCUUCACAAAUGGCCAGCAUUACCAACCCCGAUGCUCGAAACGACCUGACGAAACGCGUCUUAGCGCAAAUGACGCUUUCGCAAGCAUCAAACCCACUCACUGCACCACUUCCUUUGCCAAAAGAGAAGUUCACACCUAGCGAACGAGCUCGACGACGUUUUGCCAUCGAGGGCAACGCCAUUGUCACUGGUGCAGGCGGCAUUGGGUUGUCUGCUAUCCGGGCUCUUCUCGAACACGGAGCAUCAGGAAUUGCCAUAUUCGAUGUUCCCGUGUCGUAUGCUACGUCCACCCCCGCCAUCGAUGAUCUGAAAAAGGAUUUUCCUCAAGCCAAGAUCGCCACAUAUAACGUGGACGUGAGGGACGAAGAGCUGGUCAACAAAACUGUCGAUCUUGUGACUGAAGACUUUGGUGCGGUUGAUAUGCUACUGUGUUUCGCUGGUGUAGUGGGAUGUGAGCAUGCGCAUGAGCUCAAGGCAGAUGAUUGGAAACGGGUGAUGGACGUGAAUGUUACUGGGAGUUGGUUUUGCGCGCAGGCUGUUGGGAAGAAAAUGAUAGCUCAAAAAUCAGGCGGUAGCAUCCUCUUCACGGCAUCCAUCUCCGGACAUCGAGUCAAUUUCCCUCAGCCCCAAGUCGCUUACAAUACUUCCAAAGCUGCUGUGCUCCAGCUUACUCGUUCUUUAGCCGCCGAAUGGUCGUCCUUUGGUAUCCGUGUUAACUCUCUUUCUCCUGGAUAUAUGGACACCAUCCUCAACGAAGGUGCUGGGCUCGCUGUCAGCCGGGCAAUAUGGGCCGACCGAAACCCCAUGGGCCGAAUGGGUGAUGUCGAGGAACUAAGUGGCGCUGUAAUCUUACUCUGCAGCAAACAGGCGGGAAGGUAUAUCAAUGGUGUGGAUAUUGUCGUUGAUGGCGGAGGUAUCAUUUUCUAAGCUCAGGUACUUAUUUUGAGUUAGAACACUCCUUGAACAAAAAAUUCCCUCGCAGAGACUCCGAUCCGUGAACUGUAGCAGCUAAAAUUGUAACAAAUAUACGGUCAUA